AGCGCAAAUGCGAAUUGCAGGACGAGUCUGCUCGUCAUGACUGUCGACUGACCACAGCAGCGGUCAGUGUGACCGCCCAGAGCACGGUGCAUGCUGCCUCGGUGACAGCGCCCAGGCACCGCAGGAGCUUUUGUCUUCGAGUGGGAUUUUCAAGUGCAGAAUAAAAGGCGUCUGGAGCUUCUGCGAGACACAACAUUGAGCCGGUUCACAUUCACCUACGACGCAGCGGCCAUUGCAGUGGCUACAGGAAGAGCUUGUGAACAUGCACGAGGGAAGGACUCUACCUUUCACUUCGGUGACUCCCCCAGAUGCUUUGGCCCAAAGAAAGAUGGAAAGGAAUGGGAAGAACUUGAGCCAAGGCUGCUGCACGGAACCCAUUCAGUGAGCCAGCAGGAGAUCCUCCACACGCCACGUCGCUGAGCCUCUCACCCUUCCCCUUCGAGCCCUCGACCCAAUAAGCACCAUGACCUCCGAGCUGGAGAGUAGCCUGACCUCCAUGGACUGGCUCCCCCAGCUCAGCAUGAGGGCAGCCGUCCAGAAGACGGACGCUGGACACCACCACGGCCACCACCACGGACACCAUCACCACGGACACCAUCACGGGCACGGACCCGGCAAGAAAAUUGUCCAUCUGGACCCGGGAACAACGCUGGACCAGGAGGAAGCUGCUCAGCACAGAGAUGGUAAACCGCCCUACAGCUACGCCAGUCUGAUCACCUUUGCAAUCAACGGCUCGCCCCGCAAACGGAUGACCCUCAGCGAGAUCUACCAGUGGAUCUGCGACAACUUCCCCUAUUACCGAGAGGCGGGCAGUGGCUGGAAGAAUUCUAUACGACACAACCUGUCCUUGAACAAGUGUUUUCUCAAAGUGCCUCGCUCCAAAGAUGACCCUGGAAAAGGUUCCUACUGGGCUAUAGACACCAACCCUAAAGAAGACACAGUUCCCAGCAGGCCAAAGAAGAGGCCGCGCUCCGGAGAAAGGGCAUCAACUCCAUACAGCCUGGAGUCAGAGUCUCUGAGAAUGGACUGCAUUAUGUCGGGAGGGGCGUCCCCCACUCUGGCCAUCAACGCUGUGACCAACAAGGUACGGCACAGCAACUCAGUAGCACUGUACAACCCCGAGGCAGAGGGCAGUGAGAGUCCAGGGAGUCUGGGCAGCCUGAGCAACAGUCUCUCGGAGCAGAGUAUGGCAUCCGUCAACCUCAACAACCUGAACACUGCCGUCAGCAGUGGCAGCAACGUGCACGGCUACACACCAGUGAGCAGCCACUCGGAGCCUUCGUCCCAGUCCCUGAGUCUCCAGCAGCCCGCACACCCGCCUCCCCCACCUCCCCCUCAGCCCCAGUACGGUUUGCCCGUCCCUGAGUCGCGGGACAAGCCGCUCUGUUUCUCGGACUUCGAGGACCUCAGCACUUCUUUCCGCAGUCUCUACAAGUGUGUUUUUGAGCAGUCCUUUUCGCAGCAAGGUUUGAUGGGAAUGCCAGGCGAUUCCAGCCAGCAGCCCCGGACUGCCUGCUCCUACCAGCACUCUCCUGGUGCGGGAAACGGAAUCGGCCACCAUCACCAACACAACCACGGUCAGGCUUCGCACCACCCUCUCCACUCGCAGCAGCACCUCUCCCCACACUCCAGCCACAGCCAGCACCAGGCGCACGCUCAGCACCAACAGCACCCACUGCACCCGGCCCAUUCCCAGCAGCACCCAUCUCUCUCCCACACCGGACAGACCUGCCCCACAACAGGCAUGUCCUCAGACUGGUACCCAAACCUGGACUGGCUCAAGGAGAGCUGCCGCAUCGCUACCAGCUACAACUGGGCUGACGUAGACCUCUCCCCAUUUCAAGGUCUGAAGGAGAGCAUGCGGCAGGCGGAGCUCAACAACUGGUCGCUGGACGCCGCGCAGAUGUCCGACCUGUGUUCCUCCAUUAACCAGUUCUUCACUGCCACAGGGGUGAUCCCCCCGCAGGGCGCCACCCACCCUCAACCUCAGGUCCAACACCCGACACCACCAGGAGCCCCGCAGCACCCCGCCCAGCCGCACGGGGCGAUGCACCCGAAGGCCAGCCAGCACAAUCAGCACGGCCAACACAACCAACACCACCAACACAUCAGCACGGGAAACAUGUACAUAGACUUGAGACAGAACAUUUCCUCUCUGAUGGGCCCGCCAGGAUACCCGCACAUCUCUCCAAUGAGCAACACGGCUCCCACCUUGACAGGUCACCUCAGCCAGCUGAGCCAGCAGCACAGGCUGCCUCUGGGGCACUUCCAGGUGAGACGCAUGCUCGCUGCAGACGACAUCCAGGACGACUUUGACUGGGACUCCAUAGUUUAAACUGAGCUGCUGUUUUAACAGAGGGAUGAAGAGAUGGAGGGACAUGGGAUGACAGGUGAGGCAUGGAACAAUCUGACCUCCUUUCACCUGAGUGAAAAAACAGAAGACAAUCCAACAGAAAAAAACAAACAAACGGAAAUAUUUUUUCUGAUCUUGCUGGCCUUUUUGUUCCCCUGAUACAAGUGGAUGUUGAGUAUAAAGACAAUCAUAAAAAAAAAGACUUACAUGGGAUUGGACCAAACUGAGAUUCGAAUACAACGUCCAAAGCAAAAAGACAUCUGAAGCUUUCUGAAUUGUGUCACGUCGUGUCCCCAUAGUGCCAACAGGGUAACAAAUCGCCAAAGUGUUGUCAAAAUUGUCUGUGAAUUGCUUUCUCUUUGUUUUCUUAAAUCUUUUGUGUUUCCUGCUACAACUUCUGUCUGCAAAGUUUCAGCGCCUGUACCUGCAAGGAAUAGAUACCUGUUCUCCAAACUCCCACCAGAAAAAUCAUCGUUCACUCACUUUCAACAUUUUCAUCCUUUCUUUUUCUCGUCACAUCUGCUUUUUCAAUCAGUACUGGGCAUCUGCGGGGCUGUGGCUCUUUAAAAUUGCAGUUAGAAGGAGGAUUUAUGAAGCAGGAAGUAAUGACAGUGCACCUGUUCAGCCUGAAUCAUCAGUGGUUGAGUGAAGCGCCACCUGGUGGGUUAAACAGGUUAAAUCCCUUUGGUCUAUGCACCACAAUCUGUUCAUUUUUUUGUCCUUGUUCUGUCUCUUUGGAAAUCCACUUUAAUUUGAUCACUUUAAAUGUUGUUAGUGCGUGUUUAACAGUCCACGUUACCAUGUUCUCAGGGUGUUACAUUCAUAAAACAUGUCAGACCAACACAAAGACAUUUACAUCUCCGUAUGUGAAGUUACCGUGUGUUGUUGGGUGCUGUCACUUCCUGUUGGUGGACAGCGAGCCUAAAAAAUUGAACAUUUUCAUUUGUCACCUUAUAAGCUAACUGAUAGAAAAAUACUGUGGAAUAAGCUUUUCAGUCGCUCAACCAAUAGCCACUAAUUCAAAUGACUUUGUAAACAAGGAUGCGUCGUUUUCCGGAAUAUAAUUUGGUUUUCCAAGAGUAAAGGUUUUUGGGAAAGUGCAUAUCAAUUACGACCAGGCAGUGUUUUGCACAACAUUAGACUUGAUAGCAUCUGGUGAAUGAAAGAAGUAAAAUAAUAAUAUGAACAUUUUAUUUCUUGGAUUCAAAAGAGGUUUGAAAAAAAGUAGAUAAACAAAGGGGAGCGAAGUCUGAACAAAAAUGCUCAACUUUUCUUACUGUGAUGUAUAAUUUUUUCUGUGUGUACAAGUGUGUAUAGUCCUCUCUGAUUUCAUUAAGCGUACAGCUAAAAAAAUACACAAAAUAAACCAUUUUUUUAUUAAGUGGGUACAAAGCGAAACAUGGGACCUUAAAGUGCUCUUCUGUUUGGAAGAUCUCAGUGAUUGUUCAAAUGGUCUAAACAAGGUCUCAUCACAAAGGAAAAAAAAAAAAAUACUCUUCAUUUUUUGCCAUUAAAUGCUGUAUUACAGUGACCAGCAUAUAUGAAUAUAUUGUAUGUUUGUGUGUUGUUGUCCAUGUAAAUAACGCUAUGUUACUCCUAUGUUUGCCCUUGAAAAACAGAUUGAAAAGAGAACAGCAAAUGGAGAGAAAGUAUUUUGUUAUUUGUCCGUCAGGAGACACAAGUAUGUAAAUAUCUUCAGCAUAUUGUAAAUAAGUGAUAAAAAAAAAAUACCAUUGGCGUUUUGUGUGUUAUAAAUAAUCUGUGUAUGGCAGUUCAGCAGUUAAAAUCUGUUUCAGUGUUUAUUAUUAAAAUGUCAUUGACCAUU